AUGAAGAAUUUCUGCCGAGCCCAGAAGAUAAGAGGAUUCAACUUCCCACAAACACCCAUCGGCUGGUACGCUUAUUCUGAGGAAAUCUGUCCCCCAGGAACGAGUGGCGCGGGUAAACCCCAGGCUUCCACCAGAUGUUCCAACAGGAACACACCCCCGAGUUUCCAGGAGCCGCGCGAACUCCAGUGUGGACAGACCCUCACCGACAUACAACAAAAUCUGAACGGCUCGGCAGAUUUAGAGACGCUGGCGGCGAGCGCUCAGAUGCUGACGUCCCAACCUGAAGAUCUGACGGCUGAAGAAGUGACGACGGCUGCUCAGAUCGCCGACACGCUGCUGUCGUCUGAGAACGUCUCACAGAGCGUGAGGGAGGCAGCGGUAGCAACCGUCAGCCAGAUUCUGAACGCCAACCAGUCAGACAACAUCCAGGAAAACAACGCUACUCUCAGGCUGACACAGACCCUGUCCAGCCUGUCGGUGAACCUGAGUUUGAUCUCCAAUGAUUCUAAGUUGGUUCAGCCAAACAUCGUGGUCCAGUCGGCUCAGAUCUCAGCAGCCGACACUCAGGGAGUCCAGUUCACUGCGCUGUCAGGAACGUCGGGAAGUUUCGUUGCUGACCGUAUCCAGCUGGACACCAACACAUCGGCCAUCGCCGUGGAAACCGGCUUCAUCGCCGACGCCGUUGUUUACCUCCAGUUUGCCCCAGGCGGCGCUGCUGGCCGUCUCCGGACUCCGUCCAACGUGUCUGUGGGUUUCGUCCUCUACCAGAACGACCACUUCUUCCGCUCGCGGCGCUACAGGCGGCGCCGGGCCUCCGUCAGGGUCCUGUCGGCCAACGUCAGCGGUCUGGAGCCACAACAGGUCCAGAUGCUCUUCAGGCCAAUGCUUCUGAACGAUGCGUCUCUAUGGGACUUCUCGUGUGUUUUUUGGGACUACACUUUGGAGGAUUGGAGCGCGGCUGGCUGCUGGAAGGGAAACGCUUCAGACGGAGUCCUCGAAUGUUUCUGCAACCACACAACCAACUUCGCUGCUCUCUGGUCCUUCAGAGAGAAUUAUAAAUAUGCAGAAGCGCUGGAUGUGAUUUCUAUAGUUGGACUUUCUUUCUCCAUCCUGGGUUUGGUUGUUACGAUAAUUCACCACAUUACGGACAACUUUAAGAACUACAGGAACUCCCAGCUUGCUUUGCUGAGUACAUGUUUCAGCCUGCUGGCCUUCAUCAUCACCUUCCUCUCUGGCGUCACAAACCGGCGACAGGAUGGUGGGGAUGACGACGCAUUGCUCGACACCGACACCAACGGCGUUCUGGACUCUGACGAACACGUGGCGGCGGACGGUGGCCCAUGUUCGGUGGUGACGGCGCUGCUUCACUUCUUCCUGUUAGCUACGUUCACGUGGAACAGCAUGUACGCCACGCAGCUGGUGCUGCUCGUACGCAAGAUGCGCCAGAACCUGCCGCCAUACUGGACGAAGCUCAGCGCCACCAUAGGAUGGGGAGUCCCAGCUGUCGUCAUGGCAAUCACACUGGGAAUCACCUACAGGGUGGACGACCCUUUAGGAUAUAGACAGGAGGAAUUCAGCAACCCUCGGUCCGUGUGGACGAAGUUUCUGAUCAGUUUCUCUCUGGCCGUGUUACUCGGUCUGUCCUGGACUCUGGGUUACCUGGUGCUGGUUACCACGGGAUACGCCCACCUGGUGCUCAGCAUCCUCUUCUGCCUCUGCACCACCACACAGGGGCUCCAGAUAUUCGUCCUGUUCACCGCCAGAAAGCCGAGCUUCAGAGCCGGCGUGUCGCAAGUCGUUCAGACCAUCUUGUCUGUCAACAUCCAACUCAGAGAGUUUUCAUAUAAUCUGAUGAGAGAAUGGACUCACUCUACAGAGUCCUACAGAGACCUGACAGUCUAG